ACUGCUUUGAACAGCAUAUGCCCAUAAUAACGCAUAGCUAAACGCAGCGUGUUUGAAUUGAAUUGGAUUUAAAUGGUCCAGUUUUGACACAUUUGCGUUGCUCAGCCGCUGAGCACUGGGAUUUCACCUCGUCCUUGAGAGACCAGCGCAAGUCAUCCCAAAUUAAACAUCCCGACCCUUUUCACCUCUCCCGGCACCGAGGUAUCGCUUUCCUUCGAGACACGUGGACAAACCUCGCGCAACAUUAGGGGCUGAAGAGCCGGAGACUGUAUAAAGGGACUCAGACAGAGGGGGCGGGGCAUCCCAGCAGGGUUCAGUUGCUCACCGAUGGGUUUGUGGUCUGAAGACGAGCACUCAUCUUUAUCACACCCUUUGUAGACUGAAGCAGACGCAAGGACAGAACCCUUCAACACAAGAAAUCUGACUGACUGUUUCAAGUAAUCUAACCACACUUUCACGCUGUCUGCUGGGGGAAUGAAGACAGGUGAAGCUGGAGACAGGAUGUCUUCCAAGCGACCAGCCUCUCCAUAUGGGGGAACAGAUGGAGAGGUAGUCAUGGCGACGAGCAGACAGCGAUUGGAGGAUGAAGAAAGUGACGGACAUGCCGUCAUUCACUUGCCCCUGAGUUCGUACUGCAGCAAAGUGUCACCGCGAUCCCCCCGACUGCUCGACAGCCCCCCAACACUACACACUACCAUGGAUCAGGAUGGCAGUAAAGGCCUGGCCCUGAGCCCCUACCCCCAGCACAACUCAUCUACCUCACCCAGUAAGCAUCAGCAAGAAGAGGGGUCCGCGCGGCCAGGGAGCGAACCCAGCUCUGCUUCGGCUCUAGGCACCCCAGAGAGACGCAAAGGCAGCCUGGCCGACGUGGUAGACACGCUCAAACAGCGCAAGAUGGAGGAACUGAUCAAAAAUGAGCCGGAGGAGGCCCCCAGCAUUGAGAGGUUGUUGUCUAAAGACUGGAAGGAUAAGCUAUUAGCCAUGGGUUCUGGCAACUUUGGAGAGAUCAAAGGCACCCCGGAUAGCCUGGCGGACAAGGAGCGGCAGCUGAUGGGAAUGAUUACGCAGCUCAGCAGCCUCCGAGAGCAGCUAUUGGCCGCCCAUGAGGAGCAGAAGAAACUGGCCGCUUCGCAGAUCGAAAAGCAGCGCCAGCAAAUGGAGCUGGCAAAACAGCAACAGGACCAGAUUGCACGACAACAGCAGCAACUUCUGCAGCAGCAACACAAAAUCAACCUCCUGCAGCAACAGAUCCAGCAGGUCCAGGGUCAGUUGCCUCCGUUGAUGAUACCAGUGUUUCCUCCAGAUCAGAGAACUCUUGCAGCCGCUGCGGCCCAACAGGGAUUUCUACUUCCUCCAGGGUUCAACUACAAACCGGGUUGCAGUGACCCUUACCCUCUGCAGCUGAUCCCUACUACUAUGGCAGCUGCCGCCGCAGCGACGCCCGGUCUCGGUCCUCUUCAGCUGCAGCAGUUGUAUGCGGCUCAGUUGGCUGCCAUGCAGGUGUCUCCAGGGGCCAAACACAGCACAAUGCCUCAGGGCAACCUGGCAAGCGGCACACUUUCGCCCACCAGCGGCCAGGGCGAGAAAAACAGAAGCACCCCACCACCAAAGCCCAAGGACGAGGGCGCUCAGCCCUUGAAUCUGUCGUCCAAGCCUAAGGCAUCCGAGAGCAAGUCACCCACCUCCCCCGCUUCCCCACAGGUCCCUGCCAUGAAGCUGGGCUCCGGAUCCCUGAAGAACAGCGCCCCCUCCAGUAUCGGAGGACCACCGUCCAGACUCAGCUCCAUAGACCUGUUGUCAUCCAUCACCUCUGGUGGCUACCUGAACGACCACGAGGCCGUGACCAAAGCCUUCCAGGAGGCUCGACAGAUGAAGGAGCAGCUGAAGAGAGAGCAGCAAGUUCUCGACGCCAAAGUGGCGGCAGUCAAUAGCCUGAGCCUCAACAACGGGCGCUCAGAAAAGGAGAAAGCUGCCCUCGAAAGCCUCAGCCAGCAGUUAAAGCAGUCCGAAGAGAGUAAGUUCACUCACGCCAUGAUGGACUUUGGCAUCAGUGGAGAUUCUGAUGGAAGCCCCAGCGUGUCAGACUCACGGAUCUUCAGAGACGCCCGGGGGCGUGGCAGCAGCGAACCGCACAUCAAGCGACCCAUGAACGCCUUUAUGGUGUGGGCUAAAGACGAGAGGAGAAAGAUUCUUCAGGCCUUCCCAGAUAUGCAUAACUCUAACAUCAGCAAGAUCCUUGGUUCUCGUUGGAAGUCCAUGACCAACCUGGAAAAGCAGCCAUACUAUGAAGAACAGGCCCGUCUUAGUAAGCAGCACCUAGAGAAAUACCCAGACUACAAAUACAAACCACGACCCAAACGCACCUGCCUGGUGGACGGAAAGAAACUGCGCAUCGGCGAAUACAAGGCAAUUAUGCGCAAUCGCAGACAGGAAAUGCGCCAGUACUUUACCGUAGGGCAACAAGCGCAGUUGCCCUUGUCCUCAGGGGGCGUCGUAUACCCGGGUGCGCUGUCUAUGGCAGGAAUGCCCUCCCCACAGAUGCCCUCCGAGCACUCGAGCAUGUCCAGUAGCCCUGAACCAGCCCCGCCCAUCAGCCAGGCCUCUUACCUCAGCGCCCACAAACGGGAGGGACCGCGCGUGAAGGAGGAGGAUCUCAGAAUGGACGACGGCAACGGUGACGCCUACGACGACUUCGACUACGAAGACGAUGACGGAGACUACGGCAGUGACAGCGAAAAUCACAUCGCUCACUAAACCCGUCCAUCACAGCCAUCUCACCGGUCACCUGGCAUCUCACGCAAGCAAACUUUAAUUCCACCCCCAUCCACUCCUCCAGAGCCAAGCCCCUCCCACAGGAGUCUCGAUAGCACAGGACCUGUCAAUCAAUGUGACUGUUACAAGGAAAGGAGGGUCUUGUACUUGUAGAGGAUGCGUAACACUUGCCUUGACUUGUUCCCGCUGAGGCAAGUUCAAACACGAGUAAGCUACGAGGAAACGUUUAUUAUUAAAACAGAGACCUGUCAGUUGACCUGUCAUAGACACUUUAAAAUGGUGGACCUGUUUGUUUCUAAAGAGACACUUUUAAACAGCUUUCUUCUUGGUUCUAUAAUAUUCUCACUCAGGUACACAGUGCCAACAAGUGGCUUGUGAAUGUGAUUUUGUUGUUUUUGUGCUACAGUUUUAAUAGAGAAAAAGACGUUUAUUUUCUUCUUCACCGUAAAAGAGCACCCGACAGGAGCGUCGACAAACAUUUACAGUUUUCGCAUCGUGCUCUCCCUUUCGGUCACAUGUCUCAUUUUGUUUUUGUUUAUCGAAUGAAAGGAUGGAAGGGAGGAUUCAAGUCCCUUCACUCAGGAGUCUGGAUAACGCUGGAUGACAGACAAUCCCUCCUUCCUCGCAUCUUUUCGUAUCAAUACGCUUUUUCGGUUCCUUCCCUUCUCUGGAAACUUCGGACGUGGACGUCUCUCUCAGGUGUGGAGACAAACUUUAUGGAAAGCACAAACUUUGUGAUGUGACGAUGGUUAUUGUGGGGAGUCAAAGCCUUGAGCCUGUAUGUGUGCACAUUUUGUUGUGUGUGGAUGAAUGCGCCUUUCGCUAGAUUUUAAGUUAAUUUUUAUUACAUUUAGACGGUUGAUGUGCUGGUCAUGUGAACGUAAACGAAACGUUAAUAUUCAGUACGUAUGAUUCGUGCUAGCAGGCAGAUCAGUGGGAAACGAUCCAAACUUUAAAUGACACUGCAUUAGGAACACAAAAUCUCUCUCUUUAUUCGUUUGAUCAUUUCUUUCCUUUGUACGGAGCCCCUAAGGGGACAUGAAGAAAAAAUAAACUAUCGAAAGCAAAAGUUUCACGUGCGCACGCAAAACUAAACUUUUUUUAAAAAUUCUACACAUGAAGGUUUUGCGUAGCACGCGAAAGUUUCAGGUGAGCACGCGAAAGUUGAAACGAAACUUUACUUUUUUUUACUCCAAUGUCACCUUAGGUUUGUUCUUUCACUGCAAAAAAAUACUUUUUACUUCGUAUUUUUGUCUUGUUUUAAAAAAUGCUGCACAUGAAGGUUUCGCGUAAGCACAUGAAAGUUUCACGUGAGCACGCGAAAGUUUCACAUGAGCACAUGAAACGAAACUUUACUUUUUUUUACUCCAAUGUCACCUUAGGGGCUCUGUACCUUUGUUCUUUCACUGCAAAAAAAUACUUUUUUACUUCGUAUUUUUGUCUUGUUUUCAGUACAAAUAUCAAAAAAUCCUUACAUUAAAAUGCAUUUUCUUAAUGAGCAAAUCAAAAAAAAUAAAUAAGUCUACUUUUUAGACAAAAAGAAACAUUGUUUAAAUGAAUUUGUGCUUAACACAAGCAUAAAAUCUUGAACUUUUGUCUUAAACACUUUUUUUGCUUGUUUUAAGCACAAAUUUACUUAAAUUGUAUAUUUCUUGUCUAAAAAACAGACUUAUUUUCUUAGCUCAUUAUGCUCAUCAAGAAAAUACAUCUUGAUUUAAGAAUGUUUAGAUAUUUGUAUUAAAAACAAGACAAAAAUACUAAGUUAGAAAGUUAUUUUUUCCAGUGUCGUUCAUUCUCACGCUGUUCAUCCUUUUUGUUGUUCCCCCCUUUGUUCAUUUGUUUGGUCAUUCCUUCACUUAUCUUUCUCAUUGUCUCCUGAAAACAAUCUUUACUUGUCAUUGCUUGGUACACCGAUCAUUGUAUCUCAUUUCAAAAAGAAAAACGAGAUGUUGAGAGAAAAGAGAGUUUGCGUUUGAAUAGCAUAUUGAAGGAGGAGAAUAGAUUUUCUGUGUAGGACUUCACUCCAUCCUUCCCACAAGCCCCGGCGCUCAGAGCCGUGUUUACAAAGGAAAGCUCCCAGCCACUGAGAGAAACCAGGUUUCUCCACAACAGAGUGUUUCAAUCAGCGCCCCUUAAUAUAUCUCUCAUCCACCGCAGGGGUUUGUGUUGGGCCCUUUUUAUUUCCUUCACUUCUCCAUCUAUCACUCUGUUUAUCUCUGCGGACGAAUGUCAGAGUCGUGCCAUCAGUCAUCUGGGCUCUGUGUGGCUCUGACUGACCCACUCCAUCUAACAGCACCUGUUGGCACGGUGACGGCAAUUGAUUGACGGCUGCCCUAACUCUAACUACUAUGCCAGCAUCUCUCUGGCCUGGUGUGGGCAUGAACGGCAGCUGGAUGAGAGAGAAACACAAGCUGUUUAGUGAAGUGCAGCCAGACUCUCUCUUUCUCUCUCUCUCUGUGUAUAGAUAGCACAAAAAUCUAUACUUUACAUUUAAACUUAUCAAUACAAUAUUUUUCGUAAAACUUGUUUAAGGUACUCAGACGCCUGCAGCGCUAGCAAAGUGAUUUACCCUCUGAUGACCGACCGCAUUUCGCGUGAUCAUCCUCGACUAGUUUAUUCGGUUCGAUCGGGCCCCGCCCCGUCCGUAACAAUGGUUUUUAUUUGUGUUUUGCCUCCGUGUCAUCGUCACUCUGCUGUUGAGGUCCAUUACAGACUCUGCAUGUCUAUGUUUUAGUUUGUAUUUGCAAAUACUGUAUUUUAUUUUCAUUCAAACUGCCUCUAGUGUAAUAAUAUUAUUAACAAUAAUUAUAAGUAUAGGCAGCAUUUCCUAAGUUUAGUAAGUUAUGUACAGUAUAAUUUAUUAUUUUCAUCCCGUUGGAUUUUUUUUAUGAUCGUAAGGAAACUGCGCUUGACGAAGCAUUAUAUUUAGCUGGGUAGUUGUUUAGAUCUAAUUAUUAUGUUCGAUAUUUGGUUUGUUUUGCUUUUUUAUUUGUUUUGUUUUGUCUAAUUAAUCCUGUUCCGGACGCUGGUAUAUCGCUGAGAAAUGGUCACGGUGAACUGCUGACAUGAAGGAAAAAGAGACAUUUCUCUUUUUUUUAUCGUUUUCUUUUCUGGUCCGUGCAUCGUUCAUGAACUCCAAACACAUUUCUUAAAGCACUAGGACUCUGGAUGCUCGGAGAAAAAAAUAAGAAGAACAUGAUAUUUUUAUUUGUAAUGGUUUAUGUACAAUGUGAAGUUUCCUAUCUGUUUAAUUCUCUUUUACUGAAGAUAAAGAAAACUGCUAUAUUAUAAUCCCAAUUGUUAUUGAACAGGAGGAACGUGGAUCUUGUUUACUAAGAUUUUUUUAUCCUUUUAUGAUUCAUUGGAACAUCAUUGGUUUGGACAAAAUUAUAACCCGAGUACACUGUAAAAAAAAUAUUAGUUGUUUCAACUUAAAAAAGAAAAUGUUUGUGCUGCCUUAAAAUUUUGAGGUAGUUCAACUUUAUAAAAAUAUUAGUUAAAUUUUUUUGACUCAAAAUUUUAAGUUGAAUUAACUCAAAAUUUUAAUUUUACUUUUUUAAGUUGAAACAACAAAUCUUUUUUACAGUGUACCUACUCAGUACAGUUCAUGGUUACAGUAUCAGUUAAAGGGAUAGUUCAAAAAAUCAAAAUUUAUAUUAUUCCCAACAGGUUGAGCUGCUCAGUUUUGUUAUAAAGUGUACAAACGAAAUGACACAAAGACUGCUGUUAAUAAACAAAAGCAACAUUUUUAGGUGAACUAUUCCUUUAAGAAAGACAUUACUAUUUUUAUUCAUGAUCUGAUCCAGUGAAGCUCCAGUGAAUGGCCAUAUUAGAUGUUCCUAUCUGAUUCUUGUAUUGUUUUAGCUCCACACUUUGUCUCCCUGUCAAUCAAACUCUUAAUAGUCACAAUAACGCCUCGUCUGAUAAUCACGAAAUAGCAGCCAUCUGAUGACCGUGUCUUCACAUGUAGUAACCCCAAUCAUAUCAAUCGAAUAAAGACACGAAUGCUGGAAAAGUCUGGAUUAACAUACAGGGUCACGUGGUAACCUCAUGGUCUUUAUGAACACACAGGUGAUGCAUUUUCUUUCGACAAUAAUGAUGGUGACCUGUAUUACAAACAAUAAUAGAUAAGACAAUCAAAGUCACGUGUGGAGCUCAAAACAACGGCAACAAACGAAAAGUACUUAGAAACUUAUCCUAUACCAUCUCAACUUGAAAAUCGAGAAAGAUGAUUAUGUAAAUAUAGCAUAGAGUUAUAGAUUUAUAUUUUGUUCAUAACACAGUGUAAUAUAAGUUGUAUAUUUCUUUCUCUCUUUUAUUGAUGUUAUUCAUGCCACAAUAAAAGCAGGAGUUACUGUACUCUUAUGGAAAAAAGAAAAAAAAGGCAAGCCGUGGGUUACCACCAUCUGUUCUAAGUUGACGUUUUUCAGUAUUACUGCCAGUCAAGGCUCAAAUAAAAACACCAACGUGUUCUGUAUCUCUA